UCAUUUCAUGUUCAUAGCACAAAGAAACCCUAAACCUAGAGCUUGAUCAAGAAGUGAAUGUCGAUGGAUUUCAAAUUCUUCGCAUUUUUUUUCAUUUCUUUUUCAUCCUUUCUCCUCCCCGCCGUCUCGAAACCUCCCUCCGUCGACAUCAAUUGGUGGUGCAACCAAACCCCCUACCCCGAGCCAUGCAAGUACUUCAUGAGCCAUAAUCCACGACGUUUUGUGCCUAAACACAAAUCAGACUUCCGUAAAAUGGCAGUCCAGUUGGCCCUAGAACGAGCCAUUAGGGCUGGCGACAACACGAAAUCGCUGGGUCACAAGUGUCGAAACGAGCGCGAGAAGGCGGCGUGGGCUGACUGUGUGAAGUUGUACGACAACGCCAUAGAACAACUCAACAAGACCAUAGACCCCAACACGAAAUGUACUGAUUUUGAUGCACAAACAUGGCUUAGCACCGCAUUGACCAACCUCGAGACGUGCCGGACGGGGUUCGUUGAGCUUGGCGUCUCCGAUUUCGUGCUGCCCUUGAUGUCGAACAACGUCUCGAAAUUGAUAUGCAACACUUUGGCACUUGGGAGUAAUAAGACUACUCAUGAAACUAGUGGGUACUAUAAGGAUGAUGGUUUUCCGACUUGGGUUUCUCCUGGCGACCGGAGGCUGCUCCAGUCGUCGUCGGUUAGGCCGAACCUUGUGGUGGCGCAGGACGGCUCCGGCAACUACCGGACUAUUAAGGCUGCUCUUGACGCGGCUGCGGGGAGGAGCGGCAGCGGCAGGUUUGUGAUCCAUGUGAAAAGAGGUGUUUAUAGGGAGAACUUGGAAAUUGGGAGCAAGUUGAGGAAUAUUAUGCUGGUUGGUGAUGGCAUGAAGUACACAAUUAUUACAGGCAGCAGAAGUGUUGGAGGAGGUUCCACCACCUUCAAUUCCGCCACCGUUGCGGUAACUGGCGAGGGAUUCAUCGCCCGUGGCAUAACUUUCCGCAACACCGCCGGCCCACAAAACCAUCAGGCAGUGGCGCUCCGCUCCGGCUCCGACCUCUCCGUCUUCUACCGCUGCGGCUUCGAGGGGUACCAAGACACACUCUACGUCCAUUCACAACGCCAAUUCUACAAGGAAUGCUACGUAUUCGGCACCGUCGACUUCAUCUUCGGCAACGCCGCCGUGGUUCUGCAGAACUGCAUGAUAUACGCCCGCCGUCCCAUGGACAAGCAGAAAAACACCAUCACAGCUCAAGGAAGAACCGACCCGAACCAGAACACCGGAAUCUCAAUCCACAAUUCCCGGGUCAUGGCCUCUGCGGAUCUUGUACCAGUUCUCGGGUCAUUCAGAUCGUUUCUGGGUCGGCCAUGGAAGGAGUACUCGAGGACGGUGUUCAUGCAGACGUAUCUGGAUUCUUUGGUGGAUCCGGCGGGUUGGCUGGAGUGGGAUGGCAACUUUGCUCUGAACACGUUGUACUACGGAGAGUAUAGGAAUACGGGUCCGGGUUCCAGCACUUCUCGGAGGGUCCGAUGGAGAGGGUACCGGGUUAUAACAAGCGCGGCGGAGGCGGGGAGGUUCACGGUGGCGAAUUUUAUCGCUGGGCAGUCGUGGCUGCCAGCAACCGGUGUGCCGUUCACUGCUGGGCUUUGAAUUGAUUCCGUUCGUAUAAAUUGUGAAGUUUCUUUUGAGAAAUUCAUUAUUCUUUGCUAUAUAUAUGUGUUGAAUUUCCUCAAGUUUGUCGGAUUGUAUAACUUUGGUCAUUAUGAGUUCAUGUAAUAAAGGUAUGCACGUAAGUGAUGAUUAAGGGAAAAUCUGUUCGUUAUUGUGGUCGUA